CCCACAUGCUUUCUCGUCGGCGGGAAUAUGCGGUUGUCAAGAGUUAAGAGGGGCUCUAAACGGGGCUCCCUAGAGGGUAGUGAUACAGCCCUGGUCGUUAGCGCGCCUGCCCCAUACGGCCCCAUACGCCCUCGCUUUCAACCCGACGACUCUUGGCUAGACGGUCGAUUGUCUAGCUAGCUCAACAUGCUGGGCUCACACCCUUUGAGCACGAUGGGUUUGCUUGCCCUGGGAUGCCUGCUCGGUUUGGCCAUCUUCGUUCAAGGUGUGCCCACUGACGGCAGCCCCCAACGCGACCACGAUCAGUCCCUCGAUUCGACUAUCGCUCCCUCUCUGAAUACAUCGAAGCUGUCCCUGCCGGGGGAUAUGUCAUCCUACGGCUUCGAAGUCACAAUGGCGCGAUCUUUCCGUUUCUUUUCUUACGAGCGUGAUGCUUGGACCCGCAGCGUACCCGUCUCGAGUCGCAGAACGCAAUACGUUACAGUCGAGACGGUCACCCACUGGUUCAAAGCAACAGAAUAUCUUGUCGAGAUGAUCAUUCAGGAUGGCGUUGAGACUCAGAUCACCGAAGAUACCCUGGACGACCAUAACCCCGGCGAGGCCAAGAAGACGGGCUACAAACGUGUCAGUAUGAGCUGGAACGAGAGAAUCGCAUUGGACGGUAGUCCUGCCGAUCUCGAAACGCUGACGAAGAUUCGCGAGUGUUGCGAGUUCAACUUCGUGACCACGUUUGCGGCUGAUCCUGCAGUAACGCCGAUGAUAAUGAAGAGAGAGAAGUUGGAGCCGACGCAUGUCACUCUCCACUGCUCACCUGGGACCGCGAUGAAGAUUCCCGUCACAAGAGAGUGCUCGACGCUCUUCCGAAGCUGGGAGAAAGAGGUCGAGGCACACGAAACGAUCGAUGCCUAUGUCAAGGUCGUCUCGCCGUAUGCGAACCAGUAGACGAUCAAUGCAUGACGCGGCGCGCUGUGAGGUCCAGAGUCUAUUCGCACAGCGCACAGGCAUACAUGGAUUGACAACGCCUGCCCUGAUCAAACCCGAGGACUUGCCUGCUCCCAUGAAUCGCUGUGACGUUUGCCACC